UUAUAUAAAUUGCUAGAGCGCCAACUAGCGGCAGUGUGCGGCAGAGCAGCGCCAGCGCAGACGGGUACAAUGUCACUGGAGAGAUGUCAAAGUGAAUGGACAGAAAUAGAGGAAGAAUAUCAGCAAUUACAGGAAACGCACAAAGUCUACAGACAGAAGCUGGAGGAGCUGACGAACCUGCAGGCGAUAUGCAGCAGUGCCAUAAGCAAACAGAGAAAAGGCCUGAAAGACCUCAAGAAUAGUCUUCAGAAAUGUACGAAAACUUGCAAUGAAAAAGAAACGGAGGUGAUAAAUGACCUGAAGGUUCAGAUUAAAGAAAAGCAAAAUGUCUUUUUUGACAUGGAGUCCUAUUUGCCAAAGAAAAACGGACUGUACUUAAACUUGGUCCUUGGAAAUGUGAAUGUCACGCUCCUCAGCAACCAAGCCAAGUUUGCAUACAAAGAUGAAUAUGAGAAGUUCAAACUUUAUAUGACUAUAAUACUAAUGUUUGGUGCUGUCACCUGCCUCUUCCUUUUCAACUACCGGGUUACAGAUGAAAUCUUCAACUUUUUAUUGGUGUGGUAUUAUUGCACAUUGACAAUAAGAGAGAGUAUCCUCAUGAGCAAUGGAUCACGAAUUAAAGGCUGGUGGGUGUCACAUCACUACGUCUCAACCUUUUUAUCAGGUGUUAUGUUGACAUGGCCAGAAGGUCCAAUGUAUCAGAUGUUCAGAAGUCAGUUCCUGGCUUUCUCCAUCUAUCAGAGCUGUGUGCAGUUUCUUCAGUAUUAUUAUCAGAGCGGCUGCUUGUAUCGGUUACGUGCUCUGGGGGAAAGAAACCAGCUGGACCUGACAGUGGAGGGCUUUCAAUCAUGGAUGUGGAGGGGACUUACAUUCCUCCUUCCGUUUCUAUUCUUUGGCCAUUUUUGGCAGCUGUACAAUGCUGUGACUCUUUUUAAGCUGUCCUCCCGUGAUGACUGCAAGGAAUGGCAGGUGUUCAUGUUGGCCUUGACAUUUCUCGUCCUGUUCUUGGGAAAUUUCCUCACUACUUUAAAAGUGGUCCACCAGAAGCUCCAGAAAAACAAAAAAAAGGUCAAAAAUAACUGAUGAGACGCCAGCUGGAAGAUUUCAUAUGCCUCGUGGCCAGUGAGGAACUCACAGAACUAUACUUCAAAGCGCACAAAACUGUUUUGUCUAUAGGACUCGUGUCCCACAAGCUGUUUGGAGAGGGUUGGAGGUAGAUGUUGACGUCUCCCCAAACUCGUUUCAGCAGUGAAAAUCAAGAUUUUCGAAGUUGUUUUUGCUCUUAUUUGCAAUCACAGCAGAUAGAGCGUAACGUUUGGGUUAGAAACCACUAACAACUUUCAGACACUGUAUACUCAAUAAGCAAAGAGACUUAAAUUCACUUGUUUUGUUCCUGUGCAUGGAUAUGUUUACAAUAAGCCACAUUUAAACUUUAUGCAACGCAGCAGGAAGGCUGUAGAACUGCAUAUGCUCCGUUCA